GUCAUAUGGCACCAUCUUUAUGACCGAAGCUCAUGCAGAGAAAAAGGAACUCUCUAUGCUGCGAGAAAUUUGCUAGAUACCAGGAAUGUUACAAUGGACCCUCACAAUAACUUCUAUGGAUGCAGUGAGUUCCUUGAUAAAGUAUUGAGUGCAUACCUUGUUUGUGGGGCAUUGAAUCAUUUUGGCAUGAAAGACAUCGAUGACACUCCAGAGCAAAAUAACUACACUGGUGAACCAAUUGAC